UAGUCUCGUUUCGAGCGUUGAUUGAAUCGAAUGUGUUUGCCCACUCGGUCGUGAGUGGAGAAAAAGUGAUACCAAGCUGAGAGAGAGAAGUGAUCUUACCUUGCUGUUUCUCUUGGCAGUUUUUCGAAAGUUCCAAAUUUGGGGAAACUGUGCGCUAGUGGCAUUAAUUUGAUGGUUCUAAACUAUUCGGAAAAAUCCGGUGAAGGUGCUGUGCGGAAAGUUGUUGCUGAGCAAUGCCCGUGGAAAGUUAAUUUUGAUUGCGUAAAAACAAACUGAAAUCUCAGUGACGUCACACACGCUCGGGUGGAGUUGGCUUUUCAAAUCGAAAAAACACCACGGAAACUAUUGAAAAAGCUUUUGACAAGCAUCGUAUUCUGUUUAAGGUAAAGAAUACUGUUAUCUGUGAUAAAAUUUUCCGGUGAAAACUAUCGAUUUCGAGAGAAAAACUGCAAUUUUCCAAACCCAAGUUCCCAUAUAAACCUAACCUCAAAUCAUAAAUAUAAAUACACAGUGGGGUUUCUUGUAUUCGUCAGCUAAAUAAAAAAGCAGACGAGGAGAAUCGGAGAAAAACAACUCGUAUGUGAAAAUAAAAACGGGAGUGGAAACUGGCUACAGUUUACUGGUGUGUGCAUCCAUAUCAGUUUUUAUUUUUGUUCUUGGUCCCAGCAAAGGAAACAAAUAACAAAGUUUGUACGAAGCAAGGGACAGAAAAAAAAACAAGACUAACAACGUCGAACUAGAAAAUCCAAUUUGACUUUCGCCUUUCAAAAGGGGCACAGAACUGUACCACACCUUCUUCUCAUUCCAUUUUGUCCGUGACUGGUGGAAGAAGUUUCUCGGCAGUGAACAACAACACAGCUUAACUAGUGCUAGCAACGAUGAGUGCCCGUGUCUGUAAUCCGAUGAUACUUUCGGAGAUAUCGAAGCUCCGGUCGCCGGCCAUCGUCCGGAGGCCACCGACGAGCAAGGGCAUCUCGGCCGCUCGGGUCAAGCGCGACCUUUUCGGCCCGGUGGACAAGGAGGACUCGAAGAAAUUCAUUGAACGCGAAUUUGCAGCUCAGAAUGAGGUUCUCAGCAAGAAGUGGGGCUUCGAUUUCCGGGCCGGCCAACCGCUGCAGAACCAUGAGCAGUACCAGUGGGAACGCGUUCCUCCUACCUCGGCUCCGGCCAACUACAUCGACGGCAUGGUAACCCUAACUAGGGCAGCCCACGCCGUUGGCAGCUCCUAUCAAUCGACAGCUUCCGAAGAUCUGAUGGAUCAGCGAGCGGAACGGGAAAAUAGACUUUCCUUCGACAGUGGUGCCGCCGAUCGGCUGCGAUCGCCCUCGGUUUGUUCCUUUGGCUCGUCCGAAUCGGAACCCGAGCUGGAUGCUUGCAGUAGUUCAUCGAGCUCGAUUCAAACCUACCCGGUGAUGCCGGUUUCGCUAACCGCAGCCCUCCCAGUCGACAAGUCGAACCUCCCGAGCUGCAGCAGUGCAACCUCGUCGUCUUCGUUCCCUGCCUCGGCCACUCGAGCGAAACGCCAGCAACGAAUUACAGAUUACCUAAAGGAACGCAAACGUCUGGCCCCGAAUUCCUCCGCCUCGAAGGUUGCCCUGGCCAAGAAGGCGCGCCAUAUGUUGAAUCUAUCGGCUCCAGCUAGCAGCGGCAGCAACACCCCGAGCAACGCGAUUUAAGCUCUGAAUCGGCAACCGGCAGAGCGAACCCCGCAGGAAGGAGCGAUCUCAUCCGAUAAGAUCACCCCCGAUAUCAUCAAUCCGCUUCGAUUUUACUUCACCAUCGUUCUUAAUUUUUACAUAAAUCCAAUUAACCAACGUUUAGUUUGCGGAAGGAGAAAGAAUGCAUAUAUAUUUUAUUUUAAGUCCCAUAUGUAGAUAUAGAACUAUCUAUUAACCAUUCGAGACAAAUCUCUUAACAUAAUUGGAAACAUGAAAAAACCAACAAAAAGAUUACUAAGAAAACAAAUUCACUACAAGAAACGCAGCGAAAAAUUCCACCCAAUUGGGUGAGUGUUUGAACAAACGGCCAUUUCAAGAAUAUUUUUUAAAAAUUUUAGUCACUAAGAUUAGCGAUUAAUCCACCCAAGUAUAGCUGGAAAUCUAAAACAAAUAAAAAUCCCUAGGAUGUAGAAUUGUAUUUAAACGACACUUGAGGUAGUGAGGCUCUCAAUUUUUCCCUAAGGGAGUUUCGAAGUUUAGGACCAAAUUAGAAAGUUUGAAUUGACUUUAACUUUCGUUCGACCAACCAUAGCCUGUGGUUCGGUGGUCAUUUUUUUUUGAUGAUUGUAAAUAUACUUUUCAAAUGAACAAACUCUGAACGGACAGAUUUAUGUUGGACACUAUUUGCGGAUCUCAACAAUGUAGAUGAUAAUAAGAUGUCUCCUUUCAGAAGAGCUUGCUGUCCACGAUUGUUGGCAGAUUUAGCUUAUCUGAGACAAGUCAUCCCUAUCCAUCUACCGUUGGUUGCUAGUAGUGAAACCACUUUUUUGUUCGACCUUAUUUUGUAAAUAGAAGACCUGCUUGAUGGUGCGAUUAUGAGCAAUCGAUUGGUUGAUGUUCUCCAUUUCUCGGAAGCAACGUUUCUGAGAGAUCCACCACAUUCCAUACUUUCGCUUCGCUAAUCUUGAUUAUCGCAUCAUCGAUCAAGUCUCGCUUAACUCUUAAAAUACAACAAUAAUUGAUGAAACCUCUAGCAAGUGUUUUUCCAAGUCGAUACAUUCUCCUCUAACAGUAAAGGAAAGAUCUCAAAAGAAGAAUCCAAGUUGCAAUAAACGUACCGUACACCGGAUGGAAGGGGCACGCUGCAAUAAAACACCCCACAUUACUUUGAGUGCAAUAAGGCGCAUUUCCUUUCGUAGAGCGAGUUAUAACUAACGCUCAGCAGAGAACCAUGACUUGAGAAAUCGUUUAGAAAAAAAAAACCUUUAACAAGGACUAGCACUUGAUAGACGUUUCUUACCAUCUAAUCAAUCCGAUUUAACAAACAUAAAUAAAUAAAAAUUGAUAGAUUGAACGAUUGGCGACUGCUCCCGGGGCGGCUACUAAGAAGUUGUACUGUGCCAAAAUUGAACCGUUGUCAAUGUCACGGAGCGAUCGAUCGCUCCAUUUUAUAUACCUACCUUUAAUAAUAAAAAACAAUAAAUUCUAAGAUAAAAACAACAACAUGCCCUUCAAAGCAAAAAGCCAAGCUGUGUAAUUUUCGGCAUCUCGUUUGUAGCGGGAUGAUCGAUACUCUCCCUCUAUUUUUUCACUUUCGUUGAAAUUUUUUACGCUACCUUUUAGCCCAAAAUCACACCUUCCCACCCCAUUUCGAUUGCUUGAACUGUGUUAAGCAACGGUCCCGUACUAACGACAAACUAGAAAGGAAUUGCAUUUUUUCGUUCUCUAAUAUAUAAACCAAGUCUUGCAAUUAUUAUUUAUUCUUUGAAAAAAAAAACCUAUUUUCAAGUCCACUUUAUCCGUGCUAUCUACACUCAGUUUUAAGUUUUUUUUUAAACAUUUUUUUGUUCUCCCUAAUUGUUAAGAAAAAUUGCAACAAAACAAUCCGCAAUCGGUGCGUGGUUGUAACGCUUUUUUGCUAGUUAGUUUGUAAGCAGUCGAUCAUGUCGUGGAUAUGAUUGACUAGUUUUGUGUGUUUUAAGACACACAGAUAUUUUGUUUGUGACAACAUUCGAGGGACAAUAAAUGAAUCGAAAUGAAUUAGUCAUAUCCACUUGCUGUAUUUGCCGCAAGUGAAGCAAAACGAUUUUGCACAUAUCUAUCUAUCUAUCUAUCUAUCUAUAACUGCAUGUAAUAGAAGAAAUCUAUUUUGUAUCCAAAAUGAAAAUAAUAAAGGAAUCCUAAGCAACAA